CUACCGGCUCAAUAACGAGAACUCGGGCAAGGCUUUCACGUAGCAGGUUGUGUGUCUUCACUCUCGCAAAGUAACAGCAACAGCACUAUGUCGCGGCCCCUAACAGAUCAAGAAAAACGGAAACAGAUUAGUGUCCGAGGCCUGGCAGGUGUGGAGAAUGUCACCGACUUGAAGAAGAACUUUAACCGCCACCUGCAUUUCACCCUGGUGAAGGACCGCAACGUGGCUACCCCCCGCGAUUACUACUUUGCUUUGGCACACACUGUCCGCGAUCAUCUGGUGGGGAGAUGGAUCCGAACGCAGCAGUAUUACUACGAGAAGGACCCCAAGAGAAUUUAUUAUCUCUCCCUGGAGUUCUAUAUGGGCCGGACUCUUCAAAACACAAUGGUUAACCUUGGCCUGGAGAACGCUUGUGAUGAAGCUAUGUACCAGCUUGGCCUUGAUAUGGAAGACCUAGAAGAAGUUGAGGAAGAUGCUGGUCUUGGUAAUGGAGGCCUUGGCCGACUUGCUGCCUGCUUCUUGGAUUCCAUGGCAACUCUUGGACUUGCAGCCUAUGGCUAUGGAAUUCGGUACGAGUUUGGAAUUUUUAAUCAGAAAAUUUGCAGUGGUUGGCAGGUAGAAGAAGCCGAUGAUUGGCUGAGGUACGGUAAUCCAUGGGAAAAGGCUCGUCCUGAGUACAUGCUUCCCGUUCAUUUCUACGGUAGAGUGGAACACACAAAAGAGGGAGCCAAAUGGGUAGAUACACAGGUUGUACUAGCUUUGCCAUAUGAUACUCCAGUUCCUGGUUAUCGAAACAACACUGUCAACACCAUGAGACUUUGGUCUGCUAAAGCACCAAACGAAUUUAACUUGAAGGACUUUAAUGUGGGUGGCUACAUCCAGGCAGUGCUGGACAGAAACCUGGCCGAAAACAUCUCCCGAGUUUUGUAUCCAAAUGAUAAUUUCUUCGAAGGGAAGGAGCUAAGGUUGAAGCAGGAGUACUUUGUAGUAGCUGCCACCCUACAGGACAUUAUUCGAAGAUUCAAAUCCUCUAAGUUUGGAUGCCGCGAUCCUGUACGAACUAAGUUUGACACUUUCCCAGAAAAGGUGGCUAUACAGCUGAAUGAUACUCAUCCAUCUCUGGCUAUUCCGGAACUUAUGAGGGUUUUGGUGGACAUUGAAAAACUCCCCUGGGAGAAGGCUUGGGAUAUAACAGUACGGACCUGUGCCUACACAAAUCACACAGUCCUGCCAGAGGCCCUAGAACGCUGGCCUGUCCAUUUGUUCGAGUCACUACUUCCUCGUCAUCUGGAGAUUAUCUAUGAAAUCAAUCAACGACACAUUGAUAGAAUUGCUUCUCGCUAUCCUGGAGAUUUUGACAGAAUGAGACGGAUGUCAUUAAUUGAAGAAGGCGAUGUAAAGAGGAUCAACAUGGCUCAUUUGUGUAUUGUAGGCGCUCAUGCGGUCAAUGGUGUAGCUUAUAUUCAUUCAGAAAUCCUGAAGAAGACAGUCUUUAAGGAUUUCUAUGAACUUGAACCUGAAAAGUUCCAGAAUAAAACAAAUGGAAUUACUCCUCGUCGCUGGCUAGUGUUAUGUAACCCAGGCUUAGCUGAAGUCAUUGCUGAGCGAAUUGGUGAAGACUACAUCAAUGACCUCGACCAGCUGAGGAGACUUGAAGAUUUUGUUAACGAUGAAGCUUUUAUUCGAGAUGUUGCUAAGGUCAAGCAGGAGAACAAAUUAAAAUUCUCUGUAUAUUUGGAGAAAGAAUACAAAGUUAAGGUGAAUCCCAACUCCAUGUUUGAUCUUCAGGUGAAGCGUAUCCAUGAAUACAAGAGACAGCUCCUGAACUGCCUCUAUGUUAUCACCAUGUACAACCGUAUUAAGAAAGAGCCUAAUAAGCCAUUUGUACCUCGAACGGUCAUGAUGGGAGGAAAGGCUGCCCCUGGUUAUCAUAUGGCCAAAAUGAUUAUACGAUUGUUCACCGCUAUUGGAGAAGUGGUGAAUAAUGACCCAGUUGUGGGAGACAGACUCAAAGUCAUCUUCCUUGAGAACUACCGGGUCUCAUUAGCUGAAAAAGUAAUCCCAGCUGCUGACCUGUCUGAGCAAAUCUCUACUGCUGGUACUGAAGCAUCAGGCACUGGAAACAUGAAAUUCAUGUUGAAUGGAGCCCUUACUAUUGGAACCAUGGAUGGUGCUAAUGUAGAGAUGGCUGAGGAGGCAGGUGAAGAGAACCUUUUCAUCUUCGGAAUGAGGGUUGAAGAUGUAGAAGAGGUUGACCGGAAAGGUUACAAUGCAAAGGACUACUAUGAUCGGAUUCCAGAGCUGAAACAAGUUAUAGACCAGAUCAACAGCGGAUUUUUCUCCCCUAAGGAGCCUGAUCUAUUCAAGGACAUUGUCAACAUGCUCAUGCACCAUGAUCGGUUUAAGGUAUUUGCUGAUUUUGAAGCAUACAUGAGGUGCCAGGAUCAAGUCAGUGCCCUUUACAAGAACACUAAGGAGUGGACCAAGAAGGUCAUUAAGAACAUUGCAGCUGCUGGGAAAUUCUCCAGUGAUCGCACCAUUGCACAGUAUGCCCGGGAGAUCUGGGGAGUGGAACCAAGCACUCACAAAAUCCCUGCCCCCAAUGAGCCUAUGGUGUAGUGUACUUCACUUAACCGCUGUAUACUUUGUCCUUCUCUGCACGUGCAAAACAGCUAUUAACAAAGUGCAAUUGGAUUUAGGUUGGCUAGUUCUUGCUUGCCUGUAUGUGUAUUGCAGUGAGUUUAAUGUUGAAGGUAAUUUAAUGAAGGUCUUUAGGUGGGCGUUGGCGCCCUGUAGUUGAUUGAACUACAUAUGUUAUAAUUCCUAGCACUGAUAAGGUAUGAGAUCAGACUUGCUUUACUGUUGCAUAGGUUUAGAUCAAAUGACUAGUAGAUAAUCUCUAUGGUUUGCUGCACUUUUGCAAGUCUCAUUGUCCCUAGCAAAGGCAUCAGAAGAUUAGGCAGUGAAACCGCAUUUGUGGUUUUACAGUCCACCAUCCUAUCAGUAAGAGUCCGCUGCUGCCUGGUAAACAAUUUGUAGUUCCCUUACAGUUUACUGUUGUUCUGGCAAUUUAUUGUUUACAUGAUUAGUUGAAGGUAAAGUAACUUUUUAUUUCACCUCCCUUAUUACUGAAGGUACAGCUAACGGUUAUGGUAAUUGGAUUUAACCAUCAAGAGUGAAGUGUUCUAAAGUGCACUUUUUGAAUAUACUAUUUUUAAAAAUUUUCACACCUCUUCAUAUAUUACUAAACAUUUUUCAGCCUGUGCUGUAAUAUUUGUUGCCUCAUAUUCAUUAUAAGGACUAAUGCCAAGUCUGUGCACUUGCAGUACGUGUUUUAGCUUGCAUACUUUUAUUUACAUUUCAUCACCACUAGCUGGAGUCAAACAUGUUACACUGAACUUGUUUGCAGAGUUAUUAAGUUAUAUUUCUUUUCUAUCCCUUUUACUUCAUGAUAACGGUUAGUGUAUUUCCGUGGAUAUUUUAAUUAUUGCUGUAUUUGUUUCGUAAUAAUUUUACUAGGAGUACGGGGGAAGUUAUGUUCCAGAUCAAAUUAUAUGAGAUGAUGAGAUUGGGGGGGUGUCUUUACCGUACUGUAGAACUUAAAUUUAGUUUCAUUUGUUUUUAAUUAUGUUGUUGAAACAGGAGAAACAUGAUGUUACUUGUAUUUUGAAAGAAUAAUGCUAGACUUUCAUGAAAUUGUGCUUUGUGUGCUAGAAUGUAUGUUAUGAUUAAGGUAAAUGCACUGAAUUUCCCUUUUAGGCCAGGCUUUGAAUGUUAUGUGCAAGUCACUUGGGUGCUUCAGAGGCCUAAAGGUGAAUGACCAUAAACCUAAGAUCACAGGGAGGCUGUGCUUUCAACUUCUGAAAGGGUUGCCAGAUCUCCAAGAGGCAUUUCACAAGUAUAAUUUAGGCCACACCUUGUGUUGCACGUGUUUAGUUUUCGCAUUUGUAAUGAAAUGUAAGCCCAAUUUCUAAAUGUACUACUCAUGAGCAUUGGUUUACUGUCAUAUAGAGGUAUGACAUGCUCCUCUCAAUGCCCUUCAGACUUUUGUGUGUUCAGUUGACUUCCUAAGGCAUUGUAUUGAUUUGCUUUAAGUCAGACGACUUGAUACACUGUAUUAGUUAGUGCAAUCAAUUGCACUUCAUUCCUUUAUAACCCAGAAUGUCAUGUUUAGGUGCAGAGAGGUUCAGGAGUUUUUUCCAGGAUCAUUAGUGUGUGUAACCAUUGACAGGAAAAAAAAUAGAAUUGGUUAUCAUUUCCAAGCACUAAUGAAGCUGGGAAGUAUCGGACCUGAUUAGGACACGGAAGCCGACUUAAGUUUUGGCAUGUAAAACUCAACUGUAAGAUUAUGUAAAAUUAUGAAACAGUACAUAUUUAAUGAAUGUUUGAAAAUAUUUAAACAAUGCCUUUAAUAUAGUGUAUGUGUGUGUCUGCUGUUAAGUGUACGGUCUGUGCUUUUUGUGAUUUGGUGCUUUAAGUGUGCAGUUUUCCUCUGCUAGGCAGCUGUUUACAAUACAGAUGAAACAUUUGAUGGGUUUUAAAUUGACAGAACAUUCUGUAUUUUAAUGGGCUUCCAUAAUGGAAACCAUAAUUCUGUUGGCACUGGUUUUAAAAGAGAGAAUAAAGCAUUCAUUUUCACAAA